AUGUCUCUCACAACCACCUAUAAUUGUUAUCCUCGCGUGCCCCGCACGUGCCCCCGCACUUUAAAUUGCCCUCCACUUGCCGUCCUCCCGCCGCCACUUCUCCAGACCUUCCGCCGUCGUAGCUCAGCCAUGUCCGUCUCCGUCGGAGAUUCGCAUCGGCCGCAGACGCCUCCCCCGCUGGAUGCUCUGCCUUUCGAGCUCAAAGCUGAGUCCGACUUCGAUCGAAUCGUCUCCCCCGAUGGACUGGUUUCUAUCUGUGGCUUCGGUUCCCUUCUCUCCGAAAGGAGUGCAAGGAGUACUUUCCCAGAUUUGAUAAACUUUAGAGCUGCAAAAUUAAAUGGGUUUCGGAGAGUGUUUUCCCACGUUGCUCCUAUUUUCUUUGAACGUGGAAUAGCUAAGCCUGAAACCAAGGAGACAUCAAGCUUGAGCGUGGAACCCUGUGAAGAUGAAACUCUUGUAGUUACCACUUUUGAGAUACAAAGAUCAGAGAUACCCUCUUUUAUAGAGAAGGAGCAUGAAUUCCGGUUUUUAGCAGUGAUUCCCGAAACAUUUAAUGGGUUGCUUUACACAACUCCAUCGGUACUAUGUGCACGUUAUAGUGAUGAAGAGUAUUUCUUGAACAGAUGUAAAGGCAGUAAAGAGAUAUUCUUUCAACGGUAUGGGCGAUUUGGCAUCGACAAGAUUUGGUUGGAUGACAUCUUACCCUGUCGUGUUUAUCUUCGCCAUUGUGUGUUGGCAGCAAAAAAUUUAAGUGAAGAAGCAUAUGAAAAUUUCCUGGAUCAUACGUUUCUUUGUGACCGUAAAACAAGCAUUCGCGGGUACUUAGCAACAUCAGGUUCGGGCAUAAUGGAGGAGCAGCCUCCCGAGCAGCUAAAACAUCGUUAUGGAGAAGAAAACGAAGACGAAAAAUCAGAGUUAGCUAAAGAGAUUUGCGCCAUAUCAUAUCGUGCAAUUUACUGCGCAAAAUUUCACAGCCCAAUUGCUGAUAAAUCGCCAUUUAUAAACUGGUAUCUCGUGCUUAGAGUUAAUGAAAAUGCAGAUGUAUAUGGCAUAAGGAAGCAGUACCGUAAGCUAGCUUUGCAAUUGCAUCCUGAUAAGAACAAGCAUUCAGAUGCUGAAAGUGCAUUCAAGCUGGUUUCUGAGGCAUAUUUUUGGCUAUCAGACAAUGCAAAAAGAGCAGCAUUUGAUUCAGAGAGGCAAAAAACCAUCCCCUGCCCCAAAUGCAACAACACCAACCCUGAUAAUCCCCCACACAAUCACACUCGUAAAGAGUUAUCGAGGAUCGUCCGCUUCCAAAACCGCAUGAAAGAGCUUCGUAACAAACUCAAAGACGAGGCCAACAUCAUCGAGAAGUGUCUUGUUACAGCAUCAAGAAGACAGCUCUCAAAAACUGCAUACGCCACAAAAACAGAGCUGCCUGUUUUCAACCCGGCCGAUUAUUAUUUCACACCAAACAGGACAACAUUCAAUCACGAGAGGAUGGAGAUUUUAAGGGCCGGAUUUAGAAUGGGAAAUACUAAUAGAUGCAUAAACGAUAGGGGGGUCGAGGGGUCCCCGGUUUUUCAGUAUCGACGGGCAAGAGUGCCGUUUAUGUCUGGAAACUGUUGA